AUGAUGAGGAUAUGGGAUGCUCUCUUCGCACAGCGGAGUCAAAACUGGGCUCGUAGACUCCUCUCCAACGAUCCAGAGGCAAACAACGACGUUGAGCUUGAAAAGCUUUUCGAAAUGUCGAGCAAAGUAGACUCGGAGUUAUCACUGGACAGCCCCAAUUUGGUCAGCAGCGAACCCCUAAUUCCGGCCGUAAACUAUACAUACCAGGAAUACAGACCACUCCUUCUACACUUGGAUCUUGAGGACAAAACUGUCACUAAGCAGCUCCACUACGAGACGUUUGCCAGGUGGGACGCCAUGGCGGGACUGAUGGCGGAUCUCGAGAAAGACGGCAUGAUCAUCAGCAAACCGUGGGACAUGGCAGAAGAGAUGGAAGUGCGCAGCGGCGAUUGGGACGCACGUGUACGUCAGGGGUGGGCGAUUCAACUCAGCUGCCAGUAUGUGUAUGGAUCUUCGCAGGAGACAGACAGCGACAACGGCAGCGACCGUGAUAACGGCGACUAUGAAAGUGUCAAGGUGACAUAUCAGACAUGUAAAGAUGCCAACGAAGAGGCAGAGGACUGGUGCCUCCCUAGAUGGAGAAGCAGAGUUGAACGAUACGGGCCGAUAAGGGGACAGACGCAAGAACCAUCGUGGAGAGUGCUCACUCUAGGUUGCGCAUCAAUGUUGUUUUUCGUUGUUACUGUAAUUGUAUAUACCGCUUGA